AUGGAUUUUCGACUGGAAGAUCCAUUAUCGUAUACAUUUCUUGUCGUGUUUAAGGAGCGUCCUCAGCGAUACCAGCAUACUCCAAUCGAUUAUACAAUUCUGGACGGAUUGGGUCAUGGUGCCAAAGUUUCGGACAAUCGGUUGUACGUGACGCGUGUGCCCUCAGCAGCCUCCGGUGGAAGCGUAAACGCACAUUAUCCCGUCUUCCCCAAUUAUGAACAGUUGUUGCCCAAAGCAAACAUCACCGCAACAGUAAGAUUUCUUUUUUAA